AUGUACCGGGACGAAGGGAUCCGGGCGCGGAGAGGCGUUUGGAUCGGGGGAGUGGUGGAUCUGAUCCCACUCCCCGGAUCCGGCGCCGGCGAGAGCUCCGGCGAGCUCUCCGGCGAGGAGGACGCGGAGGAGGCCGGCGAGGGUCGGAGGAGGUCGGGCACGACUCCGGGGAGGUCGUGGGCGGCGGACCCGGCCGGAGGCGGCGAUGGCGGCGCGUCAAGGGCGGCGGGCGUCGGCGAGACGCGGCUGGCGGCGCACGGCAGCACCGGUGAAUGGGCGGAGCGGGCCGGGCGGCGAGGACCCGCGGGCGACGGCGGCGCAGAUCUGGGCCCGGGGGCGGGGCCGAUCUGGGCUUCGCGGCCCGGCGGCGAAGUGGGGCGCGGGAAGGCGACGUGGCGGCACCGGAUUGGGCAAGGCGGCGGUGGCGGACAUGUCCGGCGCAGGAAGGACUUGUCCGGUUGCGCGAGGUGGAAGUAA